GAUUAAUUGUUAACGUGAAUAAAAAAAAAAUGGAAAAUAAAGAGUUUGAAGAAUUUGGAAAAGCAGCACUGGACUUAAUUGUGAAUUACAACGAAAGCUUAAGAAAUCGAAAUGUUCUGCCUGAUGUAGAACCUGGAUACUUGAGCAAGUUGAUUCCUGGUGAAGCUCCAGAAAAAGGAGAAUCCUGGCAGGAAGUGAUUAAAGAUAUUGAACGCGUCAUAAUACCAGGAGUUACCCAUUGGAAUUCCCCACAUUUUCAUGCUUAUUACCCAACUGCAAACUCCUAUCCAGCGAUAAUAGGAGAGUUAUUGAGCGCAGGAAUCGGAGGUGUUGGUUUUUCUUGGAUAGCAUCACCAGCAUGCACGGAGUUGGAAGUAGUAACUAUGAACUGGUUAGGAAAAAUGAUGAAUUUACCAAAAGAAUUUUUAAACUGCAGUGAAGGACCUGGUGGAGGAGUCAUACAGGGCUCAGCAAGUGAAGCAACUUUGGUGUGUUUACUGGCAGCCAAAGAACGAACAGUACGACGUAUAAAAAGUCUUCAUCCUGAUAUGGAUGAAGGGCUAAUUAAGUCAAAAUUAGUUGCAUACUCUUCAAAUCAAUCAAAUUCCUCGGUAGAAAAAGCAGGAUUAUUAGGCUCGAUGCCAAUGAGACUAUUGUCUGUCGACGAAAAAUGUUCUCUCCGUGGUGCGACUUUGUUAGAAGCAAUAAAAAAAGACCAAGAAGCUGGGUUAAUUCCUUGCUAUGUCGUUGCAACAUUAGGGACUACCGGCACGUGUGCAUUUGAUAAUUUAAAUGAAAUCGGUCCAAUUUGUAAUGAACAUGAUAUAUGGUUACAUGUUGAUGCAGCAUAUGCAGGCGCAGCUUUUGUAUGUCCGGAAUAUCGUCACUUGAUGUCCGGUAUAAACCUCACUGAUUCAUUCAAUUUUAAUCCUCACAAAUGGCUUCUCACCAACUUUGAUUGCUCAGCUCUAUGGGUAAAAAAUUCUAGGAGCCUUAUUGAAGCUUUUAAUGUCGAGAGAAUUUAUUUGAAUCAUGAUAAAGAGGGAUUAGCACCAGACUAUCGUCACUGGCAGAUUCCACUUGGCAGACGUUUUCGUGCUUUGAAACUUUGGUUUGUUUUGCGCUUAUAUGGAAUUGAAGGUCUUCAAAAGCAUAUUCGUCACUCAAUAAAUCUCGCAGAGAAAUUUGAAUCUCUCGUAAAGUCCAAUGAAAAGUUUGAAAUCGUCACUGAAAGGUCAAUGGGUCUAGUUUGUUUUAGAAUGAAGGGUGACAAUGCACUCACUCGACAACUCUAUGAUCUUUUAAUGUCAAGAAAACGAAUUUACUUGACUGCUGCGACAUAUCAAGAAAAAUUAAUUAUCCGUUUCGUUGUAUGCAGUCGACUUUGCAUUGAAGAUGACAUCGACUUUGCCUGGAACGAGAUCACCAGCCAAGCAGAAGUUGUUUAUGCUUUAACACAUCAACAGGUCGAUUGUACAGAUAAACCUAUACCUAUUCCAGGAAAAAAUUUAGGUACUAUUACUGCAAGUAUCGAAGAUUUAAUAAUAAAUGAAAUCAAGAUUUCUCAAAAAAUAACAUGA